UCACAAAUGCAAAACAAUUGUAGCUGCCAAACACAGCGUAAAUUAAAAUAAUAAUCAUCUCCCCUGCUCAUCUCUGUCCGAUCGCCUUCCCCUCCCUUACCCUCGCGUACUGGCGUACAUCGCUCUCCUUCUGCCGGUUUCGCCCAAAGUACCUUCUCUCUCCUGCCCGAGACUCUCGCCUACGUCCCUACUCCCUCUCCGGUUUCGCCUAAAACCAUCGCCUUUGUGAUCGAACACUCGCGAUACAAUUGCAAUUCGAGCUAACUGGGAAGGCAACGGCGGGAUCGCCUCGUACAGAGACCCGAAACUCCCAUCUUUAUUCUCCUUCCGCACUGCUCCUACCCGAAACCAUGGAGACAGAUGGAGGAAGGAGCUGUUGGAAAUUGUGAUCAUGAAUCCGUCUGUGCAGAAACUUCAGGUUAAAUUGUUCGAAAAAACAAUCUGACAUUAAACAAGCUCCAACUCAUAAGAUUAUGAAAGUUUGAUGAUUCUUUCAUCUCCAUCACGAAGGCCUAUUCUGUUAAGGCACACCAAGGUGUGAUGUAUAAUUAGCUACUUGUUUUCUUUCAUAUAGAUCAAACUGUGUACUAGGUCUCGUAUGAGUAGCCUUAUCUUGGUAGUUUUACGGUUUUUUAACUCCUUACAUAGCUAGCACAAGAUGUUUGAUUGUGGUUACAAGGAAGAGUCCAUUGACGGGCACAAAGAGCAAUUUAUAAGGUUGGAAGAUUCGAGCCCAAGUUUAUCUUUUUCUUCUGAUACAAGAAAAAUGAAUAAGAGUAGUUUCCAUGUUGAGGGAUUUCAUCAUGGUUCAAGCAACCCGGCAAAAUCAUUUAGAAGUGGAAUGAAAAGGGGAUCUGAAAGGCUCAAGUCGCUCAAGAAAACCCUUAGGUUUGGUAACACGAAGGGAAUUUUUCCAGAAGAUCUUAAGGUUUCAGAGAAGAAGAUUUUUGAUCCUCAAGACCAAUUUCUUUUGAGAAUGAACAGGCUUUUUGUAAUAUCAUGUAUUCUUGCUGUGUCUGUGGAUCCAUUGUUUUUUUAUCUUCCAGUAUAUGACCAAGAUUCAAAUUGCCUCAAUAUAGAUCGAAAUCUAGCAUACAUAUCAACCACUCUGCGUACAUUUAUUGAUUCAUUCUACCUUCUUCGAAUGGCUCUUCAGUUCCGUACCGCAUAUAUUGCCCCAUCAUCACGUGUAUUUGGUAGAGGUGAACUUGUAAUUGAUCCUGCGCAGAUAGCUAAUCGUUAUUUACAAAGGCACUUCAUUGUUGAUUUCCUGGCUGUGUUGCCACUUCCACAGAUUGUUGUUUGGAGGUUUCUUCAUAGAUCUCAUGGUGAUGAUGUGCAGACUACAAAAAAUAUCUUGCUAUUUCUCAUAUUUCUUCAGUAUAUCCCCAGAUUCUUUAGGCUGUUUCCCUUAACCUCAGAACUAAAACGAACUGCUGGUGUUUUUGCUGAAACUGCUUGGGCUGGUGCUGCAUACUAUUUGCUGUGGUUUCUGCUUGCUAGUCAUAUAGCUGGUGCAUUUUGGUACCUGUUAGCUGUUGAACGUCAGGAUGAUUGUUGGCGGCUAGCAUGCUCUAAUUACAGUGGAUGUCUUAAGGAUUUUUUAUACUGCAGCAAUAAUCAUCCGGAAGGUUUUGAUCAAUGGUUCAAUGCCAGCAGUCAAGUUUUGAAUAACCAAUGCUCAGCAGAUGGGGAUAAUCCACCCUUUGAUUACGGAAUCUUUUCACAGGCUCUGACUGCUGGAAUCAUUUCAUCUAGAAAAUUUGUUGCUAAGUUUUGUUAUUGUUUGUGGUUUGGUUUGCAAAACCUAAGCACCCUUGGACAAGGACUUGUUACAAGUACAUAUCCUGGAGAGGUUUUCUACUCCAUAGCACUUUCUAUACUCGGACUCAUUCUCUUUGCCCUCCUUAUUGGUAAUAUGCAGACCUAUCUUCAGUCAUUGACAAUAAGAGUUGAAGAGAUGAGGGUAAAAAGACGUGACUCGGAGCAGUGGAUGCAUCACCGCUUACUCCCACCAGAACUUAGGGAGCGUGUAAGGCGAUAUGAUCAGUACAAGUGGCAGGAGACUCGAGGUGUGGAUGAAGAAAACUUGGUCAAGAGCCUUCCUGCAGACCUAAGAAGAGAUAUAAAGCGUCAUCUUUGUUUGGCUUUGGUGAGAAGGGUCCCUUUGUUUGGAAACAUGGACGAGCGACUGCUGGACGCCAUAUGUGAACGGCUAAUGCCCAGUCUUUACACAGAGAACACUUACAUUGUCAGGGAAGGAGACCCUGUGGAUGAAAUGCUCUUCAUCAUUCGCGGUCGCCUUGAGAGUGUGACCACCGAUGGUGGGAGGAGCGGCUUCUUCAAUAGAAGUAUUCUUAAAGAGGGAGAUUUCUGUGGGGAGGAACUGCUGACCUGGGCUCUAGAUCCAAAAGCUGGAGCCAACCUCCCUUCUUCCACAAGGACAGUGAGAUCCUUGACUGAAGUAGAAGCUUUUGCAUUAAUGGCUGAUGAGUUGAAGUUUGUUGCGGGUCAGUUCCGCCGCCUCCAUAGUCGACAAGUACAGCACACAUUUCGCUUCUAUUCGCAAUAUAUGUGGGAGGAGCUCUUCACUGCUAUAUUUCAAAUCUUCCAGAAGCUGGGUUUGCAUCAAUUGAGUUGA